UAAUUGGGUACAAAGGUUGCAGUCAAGUGCAGAAACACUGCAACUUUCAUCUCUUCUUUUUCAAUCACAGGAAAAUACGCAAGUAUCAUAUUCCAAAGAAAAAAUAAGAUUUUGAACAUGAAGCUUGCUUGGCUCUUGAUGCUGGUUGCAGUUCUCUUUGUUCACCCAGUUAGUGCUGAAUGCAGUGAUACUUCUCAAACUGUAAAGUGUGAGGAAGUGGCAAAAAACUAUUCUUCUGUUCCUUCUAACCUAAACAAAAAUGUUUCUGUGCUAUAUCUUAAUUGUAACCAUAUUACUUUAGAGAAGAAUGACACAGUAAUACUUCGCAAGUACAAUAAUCUCACAGAACUGUAUUUGAACAACAAUUCUAUUAUUGUUGUUCAUAACUACAGCUUUGAAAAUCUUCUAAAACUAAAAAUUCUUGAUAUCAGCAAUAAUUAUAUCAAAACAGUUGGAAAAGCAGCAUUUGCUGGUUUAAACAAAUUGCAGAUUCUGCAUCUACAAAAUAACAAAAUUACACAAUUAAGUUCUGAUGUAUUUGCAGUGCUAAACAACUUGAACGUCUUGAACUUACAAAACAAUCUUCUAGUAUAUUUGGAUGUUGAAGUAACAUUUAAUUCAAUAUUUAUUACAUUAAGUGGAAAUCCAUGGAUCUGUUCAUGUGACCUUCUUAGUUUACAGCGUUGGCUGAAUAACCCUACUGUGACAAUGGAAAAUGAGAACAAUACUAUGUGCACUUUUCCAGUUACUAUGAAAAAGUACCCUAUCAAGACAAUAAAUAUAUCAAAUUGUAAGCAAAUGGGAACAUUUGGAACAACUCUCUUACCUUUUACUUCUAUUAAUACCAUCUAUGGCACUACAUACAAUUAUACAAAUGGAUCAGCAUAUUCAGGUAUUCAGCCUAUUGGCAAAAGCUGGCCUUUUUCAGUGGGUGUCCUAGCAGUUAUCCUCAGUACUACAGCACUGAUUAUUGCUGCUAUCAAGUUUCCAACAUGGUACCGCUAUUUAAUCAGCUAUAAUCACAGACGCCUAGAAGAAAAAGAAGAAUCUGAAAUGUCUGAAGAAACAUUCACACCUCAAUUAUGCACAUUCCCACAAACAUCAGAGAGUAAUGAAGAAGAGUUUAUAGUUGGUUUUGAACAAUUUCAUACAUUUGUUCCAGAGGAUGAUGGAUUUAUUGAAGACAAAUAUAUUGAUCCAUAAAGGUUUACCAUAAA